CAUGCGCACUACACUUGUUUCGAUUUCGGCUGGAGUACUAACGUUAGCUAGGUAGCUUAUCUGUGCUGUGGUUGUCAGCAGCGCGUAGUAGAGUGUUCUUUGUUUUCCGUAUUAAUUUAUACCUACUUUCUGAUUAAUCUUCACCUUAAACGGCUUUUCUUUUACAAAUGGUGUCAUGGGAAGUUGACCUCGCUAGCUAGGUCGCCUGCUGUAGUUAGCAUCAUUGCUAAUUGAUUGGCUGCGGGGCGUAACAUCAAGUUGUUUACGUAUAGCUAUCUAAGCCAGCUAAUUGUUUCUCAAGUUAUCCUUUUGAGGACUCGCUGUAUAAUCAAAAAUGAAAUGGAUAUCGUAGUUAUUUUCUAUGAAACAACACCUUCAGUUCUCAAGUUCUUCAAAUCUCGGCAUUACAUUGGGUUGGUUCUAUCAAGCUAGCAACAUAGACUGGUAACUCAAGCUUAGCAAAGAUGGAGAAACCUCCUUUCAAACAGACUCAAUGCUGUGGAGCUUGGGCAAUGAAAGAGAGAUUGGGAACCGGAGGCUUUGGUCAUGUCUAUCUGUAUCAGCAUCAGGAAACAUCUGAGAAAAUUGCUGUGAAACUCUGUCGGCUUGAACUCAACGCGAGGAACAAAGACAGAUGGAGUCGAGAGAUCCAGAUAAUGAAAAAAUUGAACCACCUGAAUGUAGUGACAGCAAGGGAUGUACCUGAAGAGAUGGAACACAUUGCCUUGAAUGACUUGCCUCUUUUAGCCAUGGAGUACUGUUCCAGGGGAGACCUUCGUAAGUUAUUAAGCAAACCUGAGAAUUGCUGUGGACUAAAAGAAAGCGAGGUGCUAUCUUUACUCAAUGAUGUUGGUUCGGGAAUUCAGUAUCUUCAUGCAAACAAAAUCAUUCACAGAGACUUAAAACCAGAGAAUAUAGUACUUCAGGAAAUCAACGGAAAGCUUGUUCACAAGAUAAUAGACCUGGGCUAUGCAAAAGAUCUGGAUCAAGGGAGCCUUUGCACAUCGUUUGUGGGCACUCUGCAGUAUCUGGCCCCAGAGUUAUUCGAGAGCAAACCCUACACAGUCACUGUGGACUACUGGAGCUUUGGCACAAUGAUUUUCGAGUGUAGUUGCGGUUUUCGUCCAUUUCUACAUAACCUGCAACCUGUGCAAUGGACAAGCAAAGUACGUAACAAAGGCCCAAAGGACAUCAUGGCUGUAGAAGAUAUGAAUGGAGAAGUCAGAUUUUCAAGUCAUCUUCCUUACCCCAAUAAUCUCAGCAGCACAUUGUUGGAGCCUUUGGAGUGUUUGCUACAGUUGAUGCUUAAGUGGGAUCCAGUUCAGAGGGGAGGAAUAAUACACCCUGAUACUAAACAACCACAGUGCUUCGCACAACUUGAUCAAAUACUGAACAUGAAGGUCGUGCACAUCUUGAACAUGACCACAACUGGGGUUCAUUCUUUCCGUCUGAGCCCUGAGGAGACCCUUCACUCCUUGCAGCAGAGCAUUGAGAAUAUGACAAAAAUUGAACAAGGGAAUCAAGAGCUUCUGCAGGAGACGGGAGUCAUGCUGGAUCCGAGAAAGCCUGCAGCACAAUGUGUUCUGGAUGGAGUUCGAGGAUGGGACAGCUACAUAGUGUAUCUGUUUGAUAAGAGCCUAACCAAGUACACUGGACCAUUUACUGCCAGGCCUCUUCCAGAGAGCGUGAACUUCAUUGUACGCGAGACCAAGACCCAGCUGCCCUUGAAUGCCCUUAAGAAAGUUUGGGGUGAGGCAGUGAGCUACAUCUGUGGCCUCAGGGAGGACUACAGUCGCCUUUUCCAGGGCCAAAGAGCUGCUAUGUUGAGCCUUCUUCGGUACAACACCAACCUCACUAGAUACAAGAAUCUGAUGUUUUCAUGUUCACAGCAGUUAAAAGCCAAGCUUGAUUUCUUUAAGAGUAGUAUCCAGUAUGAUCUGGAGAAGUACAGUGAUCAGAUGCAAUACGGAAUAUCUUCCGAAAAGAUGCUCAAGGCAUGGCAGGAAAACGAAGAGAAAGCUGCUGCAUUUGGACAGGUUGCAGAGAUUGGCCAUCUAGAUGAAGAGAUUAUGGCCUUGCACUCUGAGAUUGUGGAGCUUCAGAGAAGUCCUUAUGCCCGGCGCCAAGGAGAUGUCAUGGAGCAGCUUGAGGAGAAAGCCAUUGAACUCUACAAACAACUGAAAGCAAAAUGCAAAAUGAAUGACUCUCAGCAUGGCUACAGUGACAGUUCUGAGAUGGUGAAAGUAAUUGUUCAGACUGUACAGAAUCAAGACAAAGUAUUGAAGGAUCUCUAUGCACAUCUCAGUAAAAUUCUGCAGAGCAAACAAAAGAUUAUUGAAUUGUUCCCGAAGAUUGAAAAAACUCUAGAGAACAUUAAGGAGGCAGAUGGCACUGUUAUGCAGAUGCAGAUGAAGCGACAGAGGGAAUUCUGGCACUUACUGAAGAUUGCAUGUGCGCAGAACACCACUCGUAGCCAGAGUGCAGAUGUAUCAUCUUCUCUCUCAGUCUGGCCUCAGCAUCCUCAGCAGCCCUGCUCUCCACGCCUUCCCAUGUCACUUCCAGCUCCACAUGACACUGAAACGCUUAACCAGCUUCUGGAGGAGAAUCAGAAGUACUUAAGCCAGCUCACAAGUCUGCUGCAGGAGACAGCUGAGGAGAAAUCAGAGAGUAUAAUGGAUCAAGACUGGAGCUGGACUAAAUAUGAAUCCUUGUUUGCAAAACUACAACCUUUAUAAAUUUUAUUUAUGUUAUGCUAAUCUUCACCUGAUUGGAUUUCUCUUGGCACAUAUGGGUUUUCAUCAUAGUAAUCUGUUUUAUAGUGCUGUGGCAACAUAAUGACACAUAUUUAAAGAUGUAUUUUUAAUGGGCCUAAUGCCACCUUAUACAAGAAAAGCUUAUACAAAGCUGUUCUCAAACCAGGUGUCAGGGCAUGCCAGACAGUCCAGGUUUUUUACUCUAUCUAUCAUGCAACACAGGAAUAGAGCUAGAAAAUGUGUACUGUCCCAGAGGCCGUGAGUACUGGUUUGAGAACCUCUGCUUUAAAUACAUAAGUAUUUAUUUAUUACAAAGCAACUUAAUCUACUCUGUAUGGGCCGAUUGUAUGUGGAUUUGGUGUCUUUCUAUUGUUCAGCAUCUGCACUUUAGAGGCUCACUGUGAAUGUUGGAUUUUUUCCGCCAUGACAGAGCAUUGGACUGUAAAAGUCAGGAGUGAUAUUCUUGAAAGACAAAAUUACUGAACGAAACAAGUCACAGAAUUGAAACAACACAAACGUCAGAAUCUAGCCCUGGAACGCUGUUUCUAAUUUAAAUCCUCCUCCUAUCCAUGAAUUUAGCAGUUGUCCAUGACAACAAGCCCAUGACUGGCAAGUUGUUGUGUGGCUGUGGAGAAGGAAACUGAAGGUGCUGAAGUUAUUUAAAUUUUUGUUUUUGGUAAAUGAAAGAAGUGUCAUAGUGUCAUCAGUGCAAUGCCUGUAGGAAGGCCUGUUAAGUGUCAGUUUGGGGAUGUAAGAACGUCACUAUACGUCUUGGUUCUCUGUUGUUUUUGAGAAUGUAGGAUCUUCUUUUUGAUAAUCUACUCUGAACACAAGGUUGCCAUUUUAACAGUUCAUUAUGUUAUUUCAUCAGAUAAUGUUUGACACAUACUGAUAAGUUGUUCAAUUUUCUUAACCGAAAUGUUCGAGUUCACUGGUUUAUUGUACAUUGAAAAUAAAAGUAAUUAAAAUGUUA